GAGGCGCGGGGAGCCCUUUCCGGAGGUAAGCGCCCCGCCGCCGACGAGGACCCCUGUCCCACCCCGGGCUGCUGGCGCGGUCGGGCGCCACCCCCCGGGGGCGUCCCGGGCGGCUUCCGGCUCUGCUCCCUGGACGGGGACUGGGCGCGUGGCCGGCUGGUGCCCUGGGGGCGGGACACGGGGAAGCCGGGGCGCCCCCACCUUUGGAGAGCUGUCGCUUUCUCACUUUCGCUUUCGUCCCCACCUGGGAGGGGGCAGGUGGCCUCCCGGCCCUGGAAAAGGGGCCCCCCCCCCGAACACCGGCACCCGGCGCACCCGGCGCAGACCCGGCGGAGGCGGCACGGUUUACCCCGCCGGCCUUCACGUCGUAAACAAUCCGCCUGUGAAGACGCGGGCGCAGAGGCAGGGCGCCUGGAAAACCGCCGCCGGCACAGCCUCGCAGGGCGGUGUGGCUCAUCUCGGGGUGAGGGGUGCGCGGCCGCAGGAAGCCAGGCUGCCGGGACCAUGGCGAGGGGCUUGCUCCUUCCCGUGGGUCAGCUCUGAGCGCACCUGCCCCGUGCCAGGUGACCCGUGAACGGCACCCUAGACACUGUUCCUGGGCAAGGACGCAAUAAUCCAUAGGACGCCCUGUGUGGAGGUCGGGUGGUGUCACAGGGUCACUCGCUUGUUUCACAGUGCCCUGGGGACGUCACCCUCAGUGGUCCUUCCACCCUAAGUGGUGUCACUGGGUCACCCACUUGGCGGCUCGGCUCUGAGAGAAGCAGAAACUGAUUGCAUGUUCUGAAUGCAAAACUGACCCUGCUCGUUUUUGGCUUUGUCUUCUCGGAAGACUUCUCGGGAAGUUGUGUCCAGCCUCACAGAGACCUCCUUUGUCGGUUUGCCUGCCAGUUUGCUGACUGUUGAAAUCAGAACAGGCCUGUUGGGGUGCUUUUGCUUGCUCACAGACUCAGCACAAAACCCCGGGAUGUGCAGUGACUGGGUCCGGAUGUGCGUUUCACUCUUAGUUUUGUGGACAGCCCGCAGAUCCAGACCUCCGUACGGCCUCCUGUUAGGGUGAUUCCCACUGCUGGCUUUGCAUCCCAACCCCUGUAAGCUCUGCUCUGUGGGACCUGCUCGUGUGAGGCAUUGUCCCUGCCCCUCAGAGGCUCCCAGGUUCAGGUGGAAAGACAAAACCAGCAUCUGGGAAACGAGAGCAGUUAAGUGUGAAGUCCUGUGCUAUCACCUGCUAGUUCAAAGGUGACAGCCAGCGUGGGCUGGUAAAGACGGGGCUUUGGGGAGUCACCGGUCGUCCUCUGGAUUUAGAAACGGCAGCCAGAGACUGGGACAGGCAGGUGGAAGGAGGUCGGAGGGUAAUACUAAGACUUAGAAUACUUAAUGGCGCUCACUGCCCACCAGCUGUGAUCCAGACCCCCUGUCGCAGACUUUGACUGUGGAGUUCUCGCUUGUCCAGCAAGAAAGCAGAUGCAGAGUUGAAUAUGAGAGGCUAAUGUCCGGGAGGAGACAAGAGCCCCGAACAGGGGCUUCCUCUCCACAUUUAUUGGGCUUUCAAGAUCUUACACACAGGGUGAGUGUGAAGAAAACAAGAUCUUACACACAUGAACGUGGAGAGAACAAUCAGACAGUAAUCAUUAACUUGUGUGUGUAAGAAGCAAAGGGUCUGGGGGGGUGGGGGGGGGGUGAGUGGAUUUUGUGAUCAAAGUACAAUAGUAUAUUGGCUCCAGAAGGAAAGUAAUUUCCUGCAGGUGAAAUAACGUUUCUCACAGUCCCAGUACAAUAUCCCGCCAGCUAACGUCAGGCGCUUUCGCCCCGCAGGGGUGGCGUUCUGCCCGAAGCUUUUAUCUAACCCAUUUAUGUGAGUAAAACCUAUUUCCCCACAACCCCCCACCUCCCUCUCCAGCUCUGGCCACUCUCUUCAUGCUCCCUGACGCACUGACCUCCCCGACACACUGACCUUCCAGAAGGUUCUUACCGAGCCUAUUUUGCAUGCCUCACUCUCCUUACACUCGCUCUCCUGCCCAGAAUGCCCUGUUGGGGAGUCCUCUACAUCUUUUAAGAAGCAUCUCAAAUGGCCCCUCUUCUGAUGGGUUCCUCAAGGGCAGAGUUGGGGAGCCCGUCAUCUGCCCUCCGUUGCUCCUUGCCCACUGCUUGCUCCCUCCUCCGUUGGAGCUCUUGUCCCCUGCAGUGCCCGCUGGGGGGAGGGGUCUUUGUCCGACUCGCUGGGGACCCUCUGAGCCAGCGCUAGCGUCUGGCACAUAGCAGGCAUUUGGUACAUGAUCCUUGGUUGCACAUACAGGGCACAGGAAGCACCUCACCCACCUGGUGCGGAAGGUGUGGGCUAAGCGUUAUUACUGGGAACCUGAGACUGGAUACCUCUGGUGGAGCCAAAGCCCAGCGGCCUUGAGGGGCUAGUGUUAGGUGGUGGCAGUCCUCAAGGCCCUCGGCAGCCCCCUCUGCCCCCGGGAUGGCAGGCGCGUCCUUCUUGGCUGCAGAAUACCCUCUCCAUCCUCGCCCCCACCAGCGCCCACAGGCUCACACUUGGACCUUCUGAGUGACUCCACCUGCGGGGGCUCCAGGCCUGAGCUCCCUCCUCUCCCUUGAACAUGGUGCCUGGGUGCCUCUGCCGGGACUGCCCCCCCCCCCCCACCACCACGGUUCACCGCUCCUGUGACUUAGGUGCCAGCGUCUAUACCCCUAGUUAGAGGUGCCCUCGGGCUGGGGGUGCGUCCUCCUCUGCCUCGAGGCACCACGUAUGGUCCUGUAACGACAUCAGCCCCUGCCCUCUGUGGCUGCCUUCAGGCUCGGGACGUUAGCUCCCUGAAGGCAGAGAUUGGGUUUGUCUUGAUGAAGCCCCAGCGGCUAACACCCUCCCUGGGAGACCGUGCCCAGGAAGCAUGUGCCAGACAGAAGACUGACCAGGGCGGUGGGAAUGUAAAAGGAGGGACAACUCUAGAGACAUCUGGGAAAGAGGAGCUGGGACUUGGUGCUUAGUCCCAGGAGGAGAGUCUCCCAGAAGGCUGGCUCACCACCUGCCAGGCAGGUGUCAGGAGAGGGGGGCCCUGGCCCCAGGAGAUGCCCACGUCCGUGCUUCUCCCUCUCUCAGGGCUGGAGAGAGAUCCUGGGGGCACGAGUGGUGGGGACAGUCCAACUCGUGAAACGUGACCUGCAAGCCAGGGGUGGGGGGAAGGAAAAGGAACGGGGAAAACAAGAGGACGAGGGAGGAGGCAUUUCAGGAAGACAUAGGAGCAAAGCUGUCAGUGCUACAAGAGAAAACGGGGAGAUUCAGGUAAGAAUAGGUGAGGAGGGGAGCUCAGGACGGGGCCCCAGAAGGAGACCACAGGGCCAACCGAGCCCAGGCAGUGGGCGCCCCUUAUACUUCCUGUCUGAGGAAUUUGGCCAUCGGCGAAGAGUGGCCCCGUGAAGAGAUUGUGUCUGUUUCAUAAGAGAUCUGAUCCCUGUUUGGGAAACCGAAGCAAGCUAUUUCCGGGUACAGUCUGGCCACGUACCUGGCCGCCAGGUCACACUCACAUGUGCACAUUCAGAGACGGGACAAGGGGAAUUCAGCUCAUCAAGGAUGCCCCCACGGUGGCCCCAGGAUUCCCCUCUCCCAGCCCGGGGCUUGGGCCGUGGUCUUGGACGUUCCCGCCCACAGCAAGUUGGCCUCUGGCCCCGGCGCCCCACCCAGGAUGGAGCAGGGGUGUGGGGCUGCUGGCCCAGGGCGGUUUCCACCCUCAGGAACCUCCCUGGGGCCCGGUCCCCAGUCGCCAGCACGAGGCAGGAACAUGUGCUUGCAGCCCCGGCCGCCCCCGCUCCCAAGUCCCUGGUGCCACGAGUGAACUCUUCCUCCUCCACCCCUGGGAGACGCAGGACUCCCCCCUCCCAGCCUGACUCCCUCCCUCACCUCCCACCCAGGGCGGCUCUGCCGGCUGCCGAGUGGGCUUGGUUUCAUCAGCCCAGGGGGGGUUUCUCUUUUUGCUUUCCUUAGCUCAGCCCAGAGUACAACCCUCCCCGGGAUGGUUCUCUGGUGCUUGUAAUCUCUCUUCUCAUUUCCAUCGUGUCCAUAGUUUAAUAAGGAUUUUCUUCACUGUGCCUCCGCCGCCCCCCACUGCUUCAUUUACAUCACAAUCCAGGUUGUCAUAACUUCCUGGAGAGGCAAAGGCGGGCUCUUCGGGGGGCUCGGGGCUCUGGCACCUGGCUGUUGCCCCUCUCUCCGGGCCAUCAGCUCGCAGGCUUGGCCGAGGUGCGGUCGGGGAGGCUGUGAGAGCCUCGAGGUUAAUUUUCUGAGAGUAUUGGUGCCGCCUGAAGCUGAAAUCAGGUAGAGAUAUUCAGUCCGUGGAGAGCUCCCUUUUCUGGAGGAUUUUAAGCGUGUGGUGCGUGUUGUUAGUGUUUAAUCAUCACCCAAGUGAAAUUAUUUUUUUUUCCAGUCAGAUGUUUUAAAACGUGCGAAAGAAUUUAUAAUAAACAGAAGAGAAACCAUUCUGUUGGGUUUUUGACACACUGGCUUCUUCAGAAUAUCAGUUCCUCUGGAUGCUGGUGUGGUGGGGGGGGGGGGACCACCACCGGAAGAUAUUAAGGGCAAUCCGGCAAGAUUUUCCCUAACUUCCAGGAGUGCUGAAAAGGGAAGCUCCUGAGGCCGCACCAUGCUGGGAAAUCCCCUGUCCCUCUCAGUGUUCCCCUUUGGUGGCUCCUAAAGGGAGUGCAUCCCUGGAGAGGUGCGCCUGGACUAACGAUGUCUGUGUCCUUAAGCAACAAGAACCAUCAGAGGGUGGCGCGUGAGGAACCGAUUACUCUGGAUCAGGCACCGGAGUGUCCCCCCAUGUGUGUGUGUAGACGGCCCCACUGGUGCUCAGAGAGGCUGGUCAUCCAUUCAACUGGGAACGAGGACUCGAAUUCAGCUGCAGACUUAGUCCUCAUUUUGAUCCCAUCCUCCCCCCCCCCCCCCCCAAACAAAACGGUGUGUGGGGCAAAACAGAUGCAGAGCUCAGAGCGAGCGGAGCAUCGGGGAGGGGGGUGGAUGAUGCCAGCGGCGGCCCUGGCGAGCCCUCACCCCGGGCCCUGCGCUCACCCCGCGGCCGCGUCCCGACCCGCCCUCGGCCGCCCCCUGCCGGUCGGCGGCAGAAGCGCCUGCCCUGGAACCGGGAAGGCCCUCGCACCUGUUUCCUCAGCUGCGCAGUGAGGGAACCCACGUGUCGUGUCCAGCCCCGGCCUCGGGACCCUCAGCUGAUCCCCGUUGGCAACCAUCUGGUGCUUCACCCGCCAGGGUCGAGAAGAGUUGGGGUGAGCGUAUUAACGUGGCCCCUUCCCAGAAGUGACCGGGCAGCACCUACCCAACCUUCAUCCCAGGAGAACAGGCAGCCUGAGCAGUGAGUGUGGACAGAGGGCGGGUCUCGGGGCCUUGCCACUCAGCUGUGAGGGUCACCUGGAGGCUUGUGGAGAGCCAGAGUGUCAGGUCCCUGCCCGCCUGCUGACCAGAUUGCGUUUUAGUGGCACCCGCAGGUGGUCCCGGAUGCCUCCCAGGGGCUGGGCCGUGUGCAGUAUACUCCAUUCUGAGUUUUUGGAAAAGAUCAAAAUGACGACUAAGUCUGCAGCUGGAUUCAUGUCCUAGCGCCCAGCUGGAGGGGUGCGCGACCCUGAGCACUUCCUCCGCCUGUAGGACCCCUCAUCCUAAAUCUGAGACCUAACGAUUCCUAGCCAGUGUCCCCUGACUCGGGCCUCAUUUAGCCAGCGAGCUGCUCCGAAAGUCAAACUCUGAUGGCGAACUUGGCCAUCUGCCAUAGAGCAGACAGUGCUGGUCCUCAACCCUGGGCGGAAGCCCUCGUCACCGAAUGACCAUGGCAAAGUCACGUGGAAAGGGACUUAGGUCCGGGGAGACACUCCCUCCCCACAGCGAUUUGAAGAAAAAUGCGCCGGAUCGUGAAAGUGUGGACUUUCCCUCUCCGGAGUCCCAACGAAGAAAGCUCCCCAUCUGACUGGCCCAGACACUGGGCCUCUGAACCAGAGGCUGGGCCUAGACUUCUCAAGACCCUGCGGCUCUGAUGGCCCUCGUGCCUUGAUUUGCAAAAUGGUCUCGAUCUUUUCUAGUUGAAAUUCUGCUCAGUAGGACACACGCCUAAAGCUUCAAAUUCUUCUGCAAAGAAAACUGCCAUAUGGCAUAGAAAAACGUGUGCAUCACAGUUUCUGUUUCUCCCCCUUAAUUAGCUUUCCUCCUUUAAGAAAACAAAAGCCCUUUAUCUUGACUCACCAAAUCAACACUGACCACCUUCGUCAUUGUGAUGAAUCUCCUAGAGUCUCAGGAACGGGAGCCCUGGACCAGCCGGGGAGUGGGGGUCUGUGCCCCCAGAAUAAGGACGUGUUAGGAGCUCCCCGUGUUAGAACUAGGAGAACAGAGGUUGGACUGCAAAGCUUAAAGUAUUUGCCGUCAGGCCCUUCGCGCUCUGAGCCGCGUCCCGGGAUACGGAGCGUGCCGGGCUGUCUGUGAAGCCGCGGGUUGGAAGGAGCGGAUUUUGGAAGAAAUGAGGGCCACAUAAACGGGGUCACACGCACCGUCCCCAGGAAGUCCACCCAGAUGGCACGGAUCAUGGCUCCCGUGGAGACCCAGGUCACUAGGAAGAGAUUUUCCGGAAUGGUGACUAACUCCUUGUUUGCAGCUGCGAACUGAGCAGGGUACGAUCUUCCCUAGAUUUGUCAGAUCCCGUGUCUGGAAAAUUCAGAAUAGAAACAGUGCCAGGAAUACUUUGUGGGGGUGGCUCAGUCAGUUAAGCGUCCAACUCUUGAUUUUGUUACGGAACCAGGCUGGGACGCUGGUGGGAAAACCCAAGUGGCACUCAGAGAUCUUGGUGGACUGGAGAUUUAUUUAACACCGGUGGGCUCAGAGGAGACCGUUUCUCCAAAGAUCUGAGCUCCAGAUGCAAGUGCAGAGGGAAAUACUUUGUUGGCCUGCAGAAGAGAGUCAGGGUCUGAGGUCACUUUGAGACGGUUUCAGCCUCCAGGGACGCCCGGCGGGUCAUCGUCCCUGGAGCUGAGCAGCUCCGCCUGUGCAGGACCAGGUGCGUGUGGCCUCCCUGCUUCCUGGGGCGCGUCGUGGCCCGGACACCUGCACGCUCACAGGACGCUCCCGCAGAGACAGCUUCCCCAUCGGGAGCCACUGUUCCGCACGGGAAGUCUCACCCAGGGUGAUGGUUUCUGCCUCAGCAGAGACCAAGUUCCCCAAACAGAUCAGUGUUGUUCCCUUGUUGGCAGCGAUACUCGUUCAACCUCGCAUUUCUUCUUCUUAGCAGCAGGCAUCCUUCCAUCCUCGCUGUGCUGAUGGAGAAUAUGGCCUCGUAAGGGAGGGAGACGGCAGAUAAGUCGGCCAGUGUUUGCGCCAGAUAAUUAAGGGCUUGUGAUUGUUGCCUUGCAAGGAAUAAACAAGGCCUCUGCUUCGGCAUGAUGUCAACAGAGAGGGCUUUCCUGACCACUGUCCAACCUCGGAUUUCCAUGGAAACCAGCCCCCACAUGGAGCAAAACACCAGCAGAGCCACGGACUAAGGCUUACGGCAGAGCCCGUUGAAUGGGCCGUGGGCACCAGACGCGGGGGCUCCGAGGGCCGAUCCCCCCGCGUUUCCUGAGACCCCACAGCGCCGCACUGGGAACACCAGCCAGACGCAGCUGUGCCGCCGAGCAUCCACACAGCCCUGCGGGCCGGCUGGCAGGGGCGCCCGGUUGGUCUGCAUUAGACCCAUCCUGUGAUGCUUUGUGGACAGUGGCAUAAAGUACCCCUGCUUGUGCGCUGAGGCAGCCCGGCUGUGGACGGAGGACUGAGGAGCCGGCUGGCUGGGAACGGGCCCAGGGGACGUGCAGACAUGUCUCCACCUGCAGCUUUCUCUCACUGCCUGCGCAGACCUUGAGUAAGCGACUGCGUGGACUAAUGAACCGUUACUGCAAAGACAAUGUUUCUGAAGGACUUGGAAUAGUGCUUACCUUGUAGGCCCACCCCCCCACAGCCGCACCCACAAAGGGUCUCGGCAGCAGGCAGGUCGUGCGGGAGCCCCCAUGUCCCAGGGGCCCGCGCGCCAUGCCUGGAGCUCGGUCGGCUGUGUCUUCAUUUUCCUGUCUUCUCCGCGGGAUCAUGGGAGACCCCCUUGACCUUGUCUUCGGAGUAGUGCUCGUGGCCAGUCCUGUGCUGGCGAUUUCUUCCUGCUCCUCGGACGGUCGGCUAGCCUUGUACCGGUUCUGCAACCUCACCCAGGUGCCCUGGGUGCCUGGCACCACGGAGAUCCUCCUGCUAAGCUUCAACUACAUCGAGACUGUCACUGCCUCCUCAUUUCCCCUCCUGGAGCAGCUGGGGCUGCUGGAGCUCGGGACUCAGUAUACCCCCUUGCGUAUUGACAGAGAGGCCUUCCGAAACCUGCCCAAUCUUAGAGUCUUGGACCUGGGCGGGAGCCACAUGCAUUUCCUGCAUCUCGACGCUUUCCAGGGGCUGCCCCACCUGCUUGAACUUCGACUCUUCUUCUGUGCUCUCUCCGAUGCCGUAUUAAGAGACGGUUAUUUCCGAAAUCUGGAGUCUUUGACUCGCCUGGACCUGUCCAAAAAUCAGAUUCGUAGCCUUCACCUUCAUCCUUCAUUCCGGGAGUUGAAUUCCUUGAAGUCUAUCGAUUUUUCCCUCAACCAGAUACCCAUCGUAUGUGAACAGGAGCUCAAGCCCCUCCAAGGGAAGACGCUCUCCUUCUUAAGCCUCGCCACCAAUGGCUUGUACAACAGGGUCCCCAUGGACUGGGCCAAGUGUAUGAACCCGUUCAGAGACAUGGUGCUGGAAACCCUGGAUGUUUCUCACAACGGCUGGACCGUGGACGUCACGGGGAACUUCAGCAGGGCCAUCAAUGGGAGCCAGACCUCCUCUCUGGUUCUCGCCUACCACAUCAUGGGGGCUGGGUUUGGCUUCCGUAACAUCCGGGACCCUGACCGGAGCACAUUUGCCGGCCUAGCCAGGAGCUCAGUGGCACGUCUGGAUCUUUCACACGGCUUUAUCUUCUCUCUGAACUUUCGGCUCUUUGAGUCUCUCAGGCACUUGAAGGUCCUGAACCUCGCCCACAACAAGAUAAACAAGAUUGCAGGGGAAGCGUUUUAUGGACUCGACAGCCUGCAGGUUCUCAACAUGUCACAUAACCUUCUGGGCGAGCUUUAUAAUUCUGAUUUCGGUGGACUGCCUGAGGUAGCCUAUAUUGACCUUCAAAACAACCACAUUGGGAUCAUUCAGGACCAGACGUUCAAAUCCCUGAAGACAUUACAGACCUUGGAUCUCCGCGAUAAUGCCCUUAAAACCAUUUCUUUCAUCCCGAGCAUCCCUACUAUCUUCUUGGGCAGCAAUAAACUGGUGACCUUGCCGAACGUAAGGCUUACCGCCGACUUCAUCCACUUGUCAGAGAACAGGCUAGAAGACCUGGACAGUCUCUACUUCCUUCUCCGGGUCCCUCACCUCCAGAUCCUCAUUCUGAAUCAAAACCGCCUUUCUUCUUGCAACCCAGCUCAUGCCCCAGCGGGGAGCCUCAGCCUGGAGAAGCUUUUCCUUGGAGGAAAUAUGUUGCAGCUGGCCUGGGAAACCGGCUUCUGCUGGGAUGUUUUUAAGGGGCUCUCCCAGCUCCAGGUCCUGUAUCUAAACAACAACUACCUGAAUUUCCUUCCACCAGGAGUAUUUAGCGACCUGACCGCCCUGAGGGGUCUCAGCCUCAGCUCCAACAGGCUGACCUUUCUUUCUCCCGGCGACUUGCCUGCGAAUUUGGAAGUCCUGGACGUGUCCAGAAACCAGCUCCUGUCCCCCGACCCCGGUCUGUUUGCGGGCCUCAGUGCCGUGGACAUAACGUACAACAAGUUCAUCUGUGAGUGCGAACUCCGUCCCUUCAUCAGCUGGCUCAACCAGACCAACGUCACUGUGCUUGGGUCUCAUGCAGACGUCCUCUGCAUGUACCCCGCCUCGCUUGCCGGGACCUCCCUCUCCUCUGUGUCCAUGGAGGGCUGUGACGAAGAGGAAGUCUUAAAGUCCCUGAAGUUGUCCCUUUUCGUUUUAUCCAGUGUUACCGUGACUCUGUUCCUCACGGCCGUCCUCACGGUCGCCAAGUUCCGGGGGCUUUGUUUCCUCUGCUACAAGGCAGCCUGCAGACUGCUGUCCACGGACCACGCCAAGGGCAGCGAGUCAGACGUGUACAAAUACGACGCGUAUCUGUGCUUCAGCAACAAGGACUUUGAGUGGGUGCAAAACGCUUUGCUCAAGCACCUAGAUGCUCAGUACAGCGACCAAAACAGAUUCAACCUGUGCUUCGAGGAGAGAGACUUUGUCCCGGGGCAAGACCACAUCGCCAACAUCCAGGACGCCGUGUGGGGCAGCAGGAAGGUGGUCUGUCUCGUGAGCAGGCACUUCCUCCGAGACGGCUGGUGCCUCGAAGCCUUCAGUUACGCCCAGAGCCGCUGUGUGUCUGACCUCGACGGUGCCCUCAUCCUGGUGGUCGUGGGCUCCCUGUCCCAGUACCAGCUGAUGAGGCAUCAGUCUCUCAGGGGAUUCGUGCGGAAGCGGCAGUAUUUGAGGUGGCCCGAAGACCUCCAGGAUGUCGACUGGUUUCUUAAUAAACUCUCUCAGCACCUUCUAAAGAAAGAAAAGGGAACGAAGAGAGACGGCGACAUUCAGCUGCAGACCGUAGCCAGCGUCUCCUCAUCCGCUAAUCCCAAGCCACAGACAGCUCUGCAUCUGCGCUAAACUACCGUUUGGGGUCCUUUCUCGUAGCUUGUCUUUCCUACUAGGAACACGACGGGCUGUUGGUUUUCGUGCCAACACGAUGCCCGGUCUCCCUGACCCCACCAUGGAGGGGAGUACUGUUUUCUCCCGUUGUGCCGACCACAGGGCGUGCCCCGGUCGCGGGACGGGCACCGGGAGACCCUUCCCCAGCACUCAGGCCGUCCCUGCAGAACAACACUAAAUGAGCACACGGACGAAGAGGCGGGUUUCCUCCGCCUCGUGGGAACAGUGCCGUUGCUGGGUACGGGUCACGCCUCAUCUCCGGGUAGGGGUGACCCCGAGGAGGCCGGGACGAGAAUCGCUAGAUGUCUUGGGGCCAUACCACACUUCCUGUUCUGACCCUCGAGGUCUCACCUCUGUGGGCCGUGAACGUUCUUUCUCAGCCUUAUUUCCUCCAACUCAUCAGCCGUUUGGCGGCUCCAGGGAGAGCAAGGCCCACAUCCUGGUCUGAGUCCUGAUUCUGCUCCCGUGGGCUGUGUGACCCAGAGUGCCUGAUGUGCCCCCUCUGGGCCUGGUCUCUCGUCCGUGGGCAUGCUCGUAUCUACCAAGGAUGUCAGGCUUCUCAAACCUUUCCUUGGUCGCCCUGUCGGCCACAGGGACGCACACUCGGGGGCACCUUUGCUGGCAGUCGAAACUUCCUUGAGAUUGUAUUUUUUUUACCUCAAAAGAAAUCUAUAUACAUUUUGCAUUCUGUCUU